GAGGCAGGGCUGUAGACUAGAAGCAUAGUGUCAUCACAUCGGUACUGGAGUUCGGAGAGAUAUGUGAAUAGGAGCGAAGAGAAAGAGAGUGAGAGAAAGAAAUAAAUAUAAUGUGUGUAGUGUAGAGAGAAUGGGAAAGGGAGUAACUGAGAGCAUUCAGCAUCUGACAAAGCAAAGGCACGGUGUCUCAUUUUCCUGCGUAUAGCAGAGGAGGAUGGAGCCUUGCCGGUUGCGCCAGAGGACUGGGCGGAUAAGAUGAUCUGUUUGUGGAUAUCAUUGUGGUUUUUUUCGCACCAAUAUGAAAAUGUAUUUUCUGGAGGUUUGAGGAGAGCGAUGGUUGCAUCACCUUGAACUGCCCUGUCAAUCUCAUUUCAAGGAGCCACAUCAUAAGAAACUCCGUGGGGAACUGGCCUUUUGGAGGAUAUGCAGGAAUAAUAUCGGUUUGGUUGUUAAAUUAUUUUAGCAAACCAAGCAUUAAAACCAGCGGUUAUCAGUUUACCAGUAUGAUGAACUCUUUUUUUGAUACUUCGCCUGCUGCUAUGAUCGCUACAAUUCCUGUCAGGGGUAUGUCCACUGCUGGUUCGGGCGCGGUAACCAGUGCUCUACGAAAUGAUUUGGGGUCCAAUAUCCAUGUCCUGAAGACUCUGAACCUGCGGUUUCGCUGUUUUCUUGCAAAGGUUCAUGAACUAGAGCGGAGAAACAAAUUAUUAGAGAAUCAACUGCAGCGAGCCUUGGAGCAACAACGAUACCAAGUAUACACUCGUGAAGUAGCUGUCCAAACCGACUCUACUGAAUCCCGAAUGCCUGGUACCAUUUGGAGUUUCACGCACGUGAGGAGACACGGCGAGCGCUAUGAGACUCUCCAGGGGCCCGGUGUAUCCUGGAAUCAUCCGGACGGUGUUGGGGUUCAAAUCGAUACCAUCACACCAGAAAUAAGAGCUCUGUAUAAUGUGUUGGCUAAAGUCAAGCGAGAGAGAGACGAAUACAGGAGAAGAUGGGAAGAGGAGCUGAACAGACGAGAGCAUAUGGAGUCCAUUGUGGAAUCCAUGCAGGAGAGUGCCCAGGAGUCAGAGGAGAUCCAGGAUGAACUGAAUGAGAAGGUGGACAGGUUGAAGGCUGAGCUGGUGGUCUUUAAGAGUCUUAUGAGCGAUGGCGGUCGACGUCUGAGUUCCCAAUAUGUCAGGCGUUCCCAAUAUGUCAGGAGGGAUCUGGAUAUGAAACAAAUGUCUGACCUGGACACUAAGAUCCAGGAGAAAGCCAUGCGGGUGGACAUGGACAUCUGCCGGCGCAUCGACAUCACCGCCAAACUGUGUGACGUGGCUCAGCAGCGCAACUCAGAGGACAUGUCCAAGAUGUUCAACGUCAGCCCGGCCAGGUCGCUCCCAGAGAGGGGUGCCAUGGCGUGCUGCAGGAAGAAGGAGCACAGGCCUGUAUCUGAUGAGGACAGCUCUGAGAUGGAUGCGGACCCCAGCACCAGUACCUCAGAGGAGGAGGAGGUCCCUCUUAACAUCACUGAUGAAAUGAAACGAAUGCUCAACCAACUACAUUGUUCAGAUGAUAAUUGUGUUGCCAGGAGGGAGACAUUUGACAUUGAUGACGACUGUGACAGCCUGACGUGGGAAGAGAAUGACGAGACCCUGUUGCUAUGGGAGGACUUCACCAACUAUAACAUCCAACCUGGUGCCAUCACCACGGCAAACUGCACAGCCACCAGCGCAGCCAACAGCAACACAGAGGAGCCUGUCUCUCAGGAUGGAAGCCUGGGCAGCCUCAUAGAUGAGACCGAAUCACUAUUCAAGACCAGAGAGCAGGAGUACCAGGAGACCAUUGGUGCGAUUGAGAUGGAGCUAGCCACAGCGAAGAGUGACAUGAACAGACACCUGCAUGAGUACAUGGAGAUGUGUAGCAUGAAGCGUGGUCUGGACGUGCAGAUGGAGACAUGCAGGAGGAUGAUCAAAGGGGGCAGGAACUCUCCCUCCGUUAGCUCGGUGGCCAGCAGCGACUCAGGGAAUACUGACGAGAUCCAGGACGAACUACUGGACAAGGACGGAGAGGCAGAGGUGCCAAUCAGCUGAUGGCUGUCCUGCCUGGCACCACCCCUCCCUCCCCCACUCACUGACAGACAGCUGCUCACAGAGCUCCACCCUGCUUGGGGGCUGGCCCGUUUGGCACUUUUGGCUGGUGGUCCUGAUGGUCCUAAGUCUGGCCCACUGUCCCAGGCCUAGAACUGGUGCUUAAUGUCUCUGUUCUCAUAUGGAUGGAGGGGGACGGGGUUCCUUUGCUUCACAAGUGUUAUAAGGCAGAGGUGGCAUAUACAAUAUAGUGUCUGAGCUGUGCUCUCUUCCUCAGUGCUGCCUUGCUGGUUCCUUCAACCUAGUCAGAGCUCCACAUGAACAUCCAGCAAAACAAUCAACAUUAUCAAACCAGUCGUACUGGCUCACUAUUAGCAUAGUCGAAACAGUUGCACUGUCACCAUUGUCAUUCUGUUGGCCUGAGGCGGACAGUCCAUUUGGUCAACAGGGAACAACAUACACAACAGUAUUCACCAGUGAGAAUAUAUGCCUGUUUUUUAAUAAUCACACAGAAAAUCACAAAUCAAGAGCAAUCACACAAUUUUCUACUUGCAUGUACCCCAUGGAUUCAGAUGGAUCAUUCACAUACAGUACACUGUACAUUGAAAUGUUCUCACCAGAGUCCAAACAAAAAAACAGCCUGACUGGACUCUCCAUGGUUACCAGUGUUGACUGGGGAACGGAGCACAGCCCUUUGCUGCAUAAUGCAUUGUUCAAGUUCUAUGCAAUCUAGCUAGCCUUAUUUCAGGAUGACCUUCCUUACCCUUCUUUUCCCUUAUGAUUUGCCUUUUUAAGCUGGGCAGGUGUGUUCUGUCAUUCAGAGUGCUCCUGUGUGUUCUCCAAAGUGGAAGGUGCAGAAUUAUCUCAAAAAAGGGAAAUGUUGGAACAGUGACCCUAGUUGUCUUUGUCAAAGGCAUACCUUCCCUCCCUACCCAUGUUCAUUUAAUAUCCGUAAACAUGGAAAAGAUUAUCCAAAAUAAUAUGGAACAAGGUGCCAGCAAAUAUGCUGUUUUUGAUUUGUAUUGCCUUUUGCUGAUUACUAUCAUACUAAGCUUCAGUUAAGUUUAGUAAUUUCCCCUUAAAUGUAUCUGUUAUGAUUGGGAGAACUAAGUUCUUGAUUGUCCCUUGGCUACUCUUUGGUAAGUCCAAAGGGCUGUUGAGAGUCAUCGGUUUGUCCUCUCAGAGAGAGGGUCCUGAAGAUAUAUUACACAAAACAAUCACGGAAACUGGCAACACCAUGUACAUUGGUUGCUAAUACCUUUCCUAACUUAUACACUGUACAAUGCCAUAUUUAGGUUAUAUUUUUGCCAAUCUGGGCGACUAACCUCAGAUGGCGUCUCACAACAACUCCCCUCCCUUCUGUCCAGCCUAUCAUAUUCCGUUGUCCCAUUGUCAUGUGCCCUGGAUUGGGCUUAGAAUUGUUUGUACAUACAUAAGAGGCACAGGAGGUUGGUGGCACCUUAAUUGGGGAGAACGGGCUCAUUCUAAUGACUGUAGCGGAAUCAGUGGAAUGG